AGAAUUUUUAGACGCAAUAAUGGAACAAAAUUAUUUGAAAAAAUUGUAGCUCAGAGUCGGAUCACCUUUUUGCAUGGAUCCGACCCGAAAUGCAAUCCGUUUUUUAAAUAAGUAAAUGACAAUUAAUACCCCUGGCACUCGACACGUUUGACAGUUUGAGCAAAGAAAAACGAUUAUAUUUUUCCUCUGAGGAUCGUCGAUCAUCAGUUUCUGGGAAUUAGCUGCUACAGAUUUGUUCCGUCUUGAGUUACGAAAUCAUGAUACAUUUUGUGCUUCUAGUUAGCCGGCAAGGAAAGGUAAGGCUCACCAAAUGGUAUUCACCUUACGCACAGAAGGAAAGAUCUAAGGUUAUACGUGAACUCAGUGGAGUUAUCUGCAAUUUUGUUGAAUGGAGAGGCUACAAAGUUGUUUACAAAAGAUAUGCAAGUCUCUACUUCUGCAUGUGCAUUGAUCAGGAGGAUAACGAGUUAGAGGUCCUUGACAUCAUUCAUCACUAUGCUGAGAUUCUCUGGGAGCUUCAAGAGUCAAGCAAGAAAACAGUUGCCAGGAUUAUAUCCGCUCAGGAUCAACUGGUGGAGGUUGCAAAAGAGGAGACCACUUCGAUAAGUAACAUAAUCGCUCAGGCUACUAAGUAGUUUCUUUCAUCAUCUAUGCACUCUUAUGCAGUUAAAACAUGUUCCUUGUCUCCUGCUACACUAGUUGUUUUGAGAUAUCUUCAUCCAAUUUUUUUUCUCUCAGAGGGAUUGUCGUCUUAAAGCGUAACUUCGAUAGAUGAAAUAUGUUUUGAUUUGGUUCAUAAACAAGUAGAGAUAAACAAAGUUUGUCUACAUGUUAUCCGAUUCUAUUCUUUAAUUGUGAAUCCAAAUGUCUACUAUUUCA